AUGGCCUCGACCGACGAAGUGGUCGUCUACACGCGCCGCGCCGAUGGCAAUAGCGGCGUCGAUGUUAUGAGUCGUGGGGAGCUGGAUGAGCUGCUCGCGGGUGACGCCUCCCUGCAAUGCGCGACCAAGCCCAUCGCCCGCGGCCAGCGCCACGUCGAAGUCCUGCGCAAGGACCUGACGGCCGACGCCGCCGAGCGCGCCGCCAACGCCAAGUUCCCGAACCAGAACGCCUCGCUCGCGAGCGUCGAGGUGCCUGCGCGCGCGUACAUGCUGCGCUUGACGCUGCCGGCGGCGUUUGAGGUGUUGUACAUUGUGUCGUGGUAUUUGUUUGUGGGGAGUGGAGCGCGGGAAGAUGGAGUGCAGGAAGAGGUGGAUGAGCAGUGUUGUUGGUGUUUGGUGUUGUGCGCUGAUAGCUGCCCGCGGCUGUGUAGGAGAGGUCUAAUGCGCGCACCACCACAGACGGCCCCAACGGACACCAGCACGACUCCUCCAACUCCAACGACGAGGACGACUUCGAAGACGCCGUCUCCCACUAACGCCUCGACGGACGAACACAACGACGACUACCACGAGGACGACGAUACCGGCGAGCGGUGGCUGAAGCUGGUAUGA